AUGUCCCAGAUGGAGGAGUCUGCUUGCUUCGAGGGCCCUAGCCACGACAUAGCUAAUCUCAGCGUCAUCAGCAUGCAGAAGUUGCUCAGCGAUGACGCUGAGGAAGCAUCCAAAUUGUUUUCUGCCUGUUCGGAAUGGGGAUUUUUCUGUCUCGACUUGGACUCCAUCGCGACUGAGCCAUACAGGGCAUCAGCCGGCCAUCUCCAGGACUUCGCCGUCCAAUAUUUCAACCGGCCCUUGGAGGAGAAGAUGCAGGACACCAACGACGCUUGGGAAACAUUCAACAUCUGCGGGUAUAUAUGCCAAAUCCUCUUCCUCCGAGCCAACAACCAUGUUGAGUUCGAGGACCUCGAGGGCCAGAGGCGGAAUGCCUACGAUUGGCUCAAUAGGAAGUUUCUCAACUAUCGGUUGUCCCAUGAGGUGCAGAAACAGAGUCCAAUGGCUACUGGUAGGCUUGGAUUUGUUGGACUUUGGAGACCAGGCAUGAUUGCCUAG